AUGGGUCCAUCAAUCUUCGAGUACUCUCACAGGGAUCCCAAGCCGGAGGAUGGUCUGUUUCUUGAACGAUUGGAGUCGUUCAUGAACAAGUGUCUGGCAGAUAUCAAGGCGUUUUCCGAGAGAGAGCUGCGUCCAUUUGAAGAGACACGACGCUCUGUGGCGGAAUGGCAUGCUAAAUAUCUCUUUCAGCCUUUGACUCCCGGCGACAAUGCUUCCAUUUCGCUAUCUUCGGACAGAAGACAAUACGUCCGAUCCAUCCUGAUGGACACCUCUCGUAUUCUGGAAAAUCUUGCCGAAACCUCUGGCGUCCAGUCAUUCUUCUUGGCAAUAGACCCUCAGGAUAACCUAGACCCUGGAUUUUUGGGUGGGUCGCUGCGUGGUCGAGAGUUUUGGCGGGGCCUAAGAGGAGGAGGCGAACCCGGAGCCAGAGCUUUCAAGCAAUUUUGUUUGAAAUUUGAGCAGGUGGCGGAGCACCCGAGCGCUCUAAGCGACCCUUAUGGAUCCCCUCAGACCCCGCAACCAUCGACCAGUGUUAAACAGGAUGCAAGAACCAUUAAAUCGGAUCUCUAUGACACAGUUCGAACCUUGCUCAGGUCAGUCAGUGGGAUUCGGACUGCUGAGAUGAAGUGGACCAAUCCUGAAAGGUUGGAUCUAUACGGAGUGCGCCUUGUAGGAUGGCCUCCGAAUAUACCAUCGCAAAACCCCUCGACUUUGAAAGUGAAUCAGAAUAAGCAACUCCUUGACUCUUUCAAGAGUGGCGCCACAAAGUUCGAAAGACUGGCUAUCACGGAACAGGAACCUCGGAGUACCUCCUUGCCAGUUGAAAAUCCCUCCGAGGACUUCUCUUGGGCUUAUGAUCCCGAUGCCGUCCUCCCCGGUACCGAUAAUCUACCAACACAUUCGACCCAUCCUUCGACCUCGACCAGCCAUGUCACGUCUGGCCUCUCCUCCCUCUCUAGGGACUCACCAAGUUGGCCCUCGCACACUCAGUCUCGUGAAGCCACACCUUUGGAGCUUUCAAAUACGCUUGUUCUUGACCCAUGGAAUAAUUUCGAUCCUGCCUCGCUGUAUGAAAGCGAACCUACCUUGACUCCGACUCCUUUGGAGUGGUAUGACGAGGGUCUACGGUAUCGCAAGCGUCCACGGAACGAUAGUGGUGAUGAUGUCAAGUAA